UGUGUCUCAAGGACUCCGGAAGUCGAUGGCUUUAUGUGAGUCUAUCGAUCAGGAAGGCACAGGGCUCAGCAGCUGCGGCCCUUCGGCCACUAGAGAGUACGCAGCCGCGGCGCCGGAUUCUCCUCCUCCUCCUCCUCCUCUCGCGUGUGUCUGGGCGAGCCGCUUUGGGACGUCCCGGCGAAGGAACAGUCAAGAUGUUUUACGAGGAUAAAGUUUGGAACCUACACAAUUUGGCUUGAACAGAACAAGUGUUGGCUUCCUGCUUUUGGUCAUCAAUCCAUCAGCAAUACAGAAUUCCACUAUGGAGAAGAUGAUGUUACAGAAUGGGCAUUCUCACUCGUCUUGGUGCUGACCUUCUGAGCAAGCCAUGUCAGGCUGAGACUAAUAAUGGAGCAGAAUACAGAGCAGAGGUGUGAGUGCUGUAUUCCUAGUGACCUGAAUUUUCAAGGUUCUUCAGCCAGAUCACAGCCAAGAAGAGGGGAGGACACUCAGACAAGCAACAAACAAAAUCUACCUUCAGAUCAACCAAUGACCAGCUUCAGUGGUGUCCAAGUGGCUUCUGCUCAAACUUUGCAUCAAAAUAAUCUUGCUGUCUCAUGCACUGGGGAAAGGUUCAGUUCUUCUAAAAAGCAAGGUGCAAAAGUCCUGCCUGACCACGUGGAUCCUUUUCAUGUCACUGCAAACCUAGAUAAAGAAAAGGAUAUUGCUUUCCUCUUAAAAGAAUUGGAUGUUCUAAGGGCAAACAAUAAAAAGCUUCAGGAUAAGCUGUCUGAAAAGGACAAGGAGCUGAAAACAAUAAAGCUGGACUUAGAACUGCAUGAGAGAGUGACAGAAGCGUCGAUUGCAGAGAAGGGUGCAGCUCUAGUAGAAGAAAUCCAUUCUGCACAACGGGAACGUGAUGAUGCCAUCAUGGCUAGACUGAAGCUGGCCAAUGAAGAGAGAGAUGAUGCAUGGAAACGAAUGAAGCUAUUGGAACAGUCUUCUGAAACGCUAGAAAAUAUUAACCCUGAAGAAAAUGACAUGACAUUACAGGAAUUACUGAACAGAAUAAACAAUGCAGACACCGGGUUAGCGAUACGGAGGACUGGUGCUGUAAUUGUCGAUCGAAUAUACAGGACCCAGGAACGGAAAAAGAAAAUAACAGCUGAAGAAAUGAAUGCAGUGAUAGAAGAACGAGAUGCUGCAUUGGCUCAAUGCAAACGGCUAGAGCAGGAGCUUCAUCAUAUGAAAGAGCAGAACCAGACUUCUGCAAACAACACGAGACAUCUGACUGCUGAAAACAAUCAAGAACGUGCUCUGAAGGAGAGAUUGCUGGCUAUGCAACAAGAGAGAGAGGCUACUGCUGAACAAUAUAAAAACCUAGAAGAAGAGCUGCAGACCCUUCGCAUUUAUUACAGCUUACACCAGUCUUUGUCUCAAGAAGUAAAUCUGAAGGAUCAGUUCAACUCUGCACUUCUGACAUAUGAAAAAGCUCUGAAGAACAGAGAGGAUAUUGUGUCCAUGCUUCUUCUUCAAAAUGAGGAACUAACAACUCAGCUUCAGCAAACGGUUGAAGAGAGAGCAAACAUGGAAUUAAAGUUUCAGCAAGCUUUAGAGGCUUCACAAGAGGCCAAUGAGAAACUUCAAAAGUAA